AACGUCACUUUUGACUUUCUGUAUUCCUUUUUGUUUUUUCGUGAAUGUGUAAAAUCCUCCAAACACUGUGCUUUGUUAUGUGUUUAUAAUAUACGAAAUUGAUUUUUUAGUUAGUGUUAAGUACAAUGGCAGACUUUGAUGCAAUAUACCCCGAUGAGACGGAACUCGAGGAGAAUAUAGAAGAGACACAUGUGACGCUAGUGCCUGAUCCGAUCGUGAUUCGAGGGGCUGGGAACAUGACAGUAUUUGGUCUAAGUAACCGCUUCAACGGGGAGUUUCCUUCGGGACUGCAGUCGCGGGUGGCGCCGGAGGAGUACCAGGCUACGGUCGCCCGCAUCAACAGCGUGCUGAAGAAGACGUUGCCGGUCAACGUGAAGUGGCUGUUCUGCGGCUGCGUGUGUUGCUGCUGCACCUUAGGAUGCUCUCUUUGGCCUGUCAUAUGUCUUAGUAAAAGGACGCAACACUCUCUGAACAAAUUAUUGGAAUGGGAGAACAGUCGACUGUACAACAAGCUGGGACUUCGCUGGCGACUCACCAAGCAACACUGCGACUCCUCAUCCAUGAUGGAAUACGUACUUCUCAUAGAGUUUAUUCCUAAAAUACCCAUAUACAGACCCGACUAAGUCACCGACGCCCGUGUCAUAGAGUAACUGUAAAUAGACAUAAAUCAUUAAUAAUACGCAUACGUCAUCGCAUCUCGAAGAUAACAGCUAAUUUGCUUGGCCAAGCCAAUGAAUGGGUACGCUAGAAUGUUUCUGGAAGAACGACUUUAGUGUCUGAUUGUCGAAAUUAACAUGUUGUUACCGUCGCGUAGCGAGCACGACUUGGCAUAGACAGGCGAAGCGUCGGCGUCGAGACGUUACUCAUAUAAUGCUGUUUGUUGUAUAUAUAAGAAAACGGUACAUAUUAAACAUGGAACAAUAAGUGCUACUGUUAAACGCUUUCUGUGUAUAGAUGUCGCAUUAUUAUUGCAAGCUUAGACUGCAGAUGUUAUAGCAAUGUGUAUAUAUUUAUUAAACUUUACAAUGUAUAGCUUUGCAAGUUGCAAAUAUGUUAUAUAACAUCUGAUUAUAAGUACUUUAACUAGCAAGUUAGAUUGGCUAUGUGUUAGCGACGUGUAUGGUAAACUGUUUGUUUAUGUUCAAUGUGCAAUUGUACUGCAUCAAUACUCGAAUUUACACAAUUGUAUCUUUAUAUGAACCUACAAACUUUGUCUUAGAACAUUACUUCAGAUACCUUUAUAUCUGAUGUUUAUGUUAGAAUGCACUUUUUAUACUUACAAUUAUCUAACCGUAGAUUACUGUUUAGUAUCGGUUUGUAUUACAACUGCUAUGCGUGUGUCGCUAUUCGAUAACCGUCGUACUGAAGACGAAUGUUAGAAAUCAUAAGAAUACAGCUCGAACACAAGGCUGCGUAUAUUGCCGGGAUCUUGUCUUUUUUCUUAUACGGCUUCUUCGGCAUUUUAAUUUACUAAAAACACUCUUAUGGCUUACUAAAAAGAGAUGCUUUCAAAAUGACUGUUAUUAUGUAUUAGUUUAUUUCAGGCUGACCUAUUUCGAUAAUAGAGUCUUAAUAAUGUCGACGAAUGUUUUUUAUAAGUACUUAAGUCAUAUCAUCGUCAUACUCAUUGUCAAUGGUCUUAGAGUUAAAUGCAGUCAUUUUUGCUUCAUCACGUUUCGUUUCUUCAGUAAACAUUUAAGAAGUAAAGGCGAUACUUAUGUGAGUGAACAAAUAUCUGUUAAGGAAUCGUUCAUUAGUGCGCCAGUAUUGUUAGUUACCAAAGCAUAGAUGGUGUAGAUGUAAAACACCUUGUUAACCACUUUUCAUCCUUAUUUCUGUAGGAAUAAGGUUGAAAAGUAUUCGAACUGAAACUUUUCCGAUCAUACAAACGAUAGCAAUUCCGCUAACGAACCCGCGUCCCGCGGCAAGUCCAUGUCACCGCUAUUUUUAUUCACAUUUAUUGAAGUAACUGUAUUGAUAUAGGUCAGUGGUCAUCAUUCUCUCAAUUCAUUCUCAUCGUCUCAAAUUGUCCUGUCAUCAGUUCAUACAUUUGUUUAUGAUUUUAAAAAGCAUAUACUUGUAUUGCUUUAUGUAUGUUAUGUACCUGAAUGUCCACGUUAAUUGUGUAUCGAUAGGAAGUGAACCGUAGCGACAGUAUCGCGGAGCCGAUCUAAGUAUAUGCUAGGGUAAUGUAUGGGACUGUGUUAUUAGAAGAUUAGCUUAUAUAAUGUUAUGUAAGAUUAGGAGAAUCCCCGCCCUCUCUUCUCUUUUCAACAUGUUGUAAGUAUCGUGAAGGGCCGAUAUGACUUACAUCGCUGUUAACUUAUCCGUAAUUAUAAGACUCAUGGAACGUAGAUCGCUCGGAAUGUCCUCUUGCCACCUACACGUCUAGUUAAUAUAAUGUUUGAACGCAACGGUUGAAAAGCGAACAGGGUAUGUUGACAGUAAGUUGUAAUUUAAGGAAUUGUAAAUAUUUUAAGAACUUAUAGAUUAUUUUUGUUCAGAUAAUAAAUUCACUAUAUGUGAUGAAUU